AUGUUGGUGACCUUUGAGCUCAAGCUCGCCCUCGUGGCAUGCGCCUUCAUGCAUCAAGUCAUGGGCGCUGCCAUCUUUCUUGUACCGGUGUCAGACUACACAUUGGUUUGGAAGGAAUGGAGGAAUCUAGUAUGCACGUCAGCGUCGGUUUGGCGUCCCGUGCUCAACCCGGUCGAUGUAGGAACUGGAAAAAACGUAACGCCCAUCCUUCUCGGGGACAUCUUUAUGCCCAAUCAAGGUCCCCCCAACUUCGUCUCUACCGUGUUGGCUAUCGAUGAGGAAUUGAAUGCUUGUCCACAAGGGUAUGGUUGCAUCCUAGCUACUGCUGAGACCGGGCAAGGAACCCCAGUGCCUCCUCUCUUUGCAAAAGCCGAGUUUCCGGAGUCAAGCACAGUGUGGGACUCUAAAGUGUCGCAAUGCAUCUGUGCGAAUACUUCAGUCAGCUCCAGCGGCAUCACGAGCUGCAUACAGAAUGCAGCGCGUGCAGUUCAACCGAUGCUGACACUGGAGGAGAAUGGAUACGUACGAGAUCAAGUUCAGUUCGUGAUCAAAGCGCCAUUAUGCCCCACGGACUACUACGUGCUAGGUCACGUUGGAACGACGGAAGGAGUGCCUCCACCAGCAAACUAUCAGUGCAUCCAUAAACGUUUGCUGAGGCGAGCAGGAAGGGCGGAUGGAAGUAAACUGUACAAGUCUUGGUUACCACUCAGCAACGGGACUGCAGUCUGGACAACAGAUCCGAAUGAAAACACAACAGUGCUUCCAGAGUACUCAAAGCCAAUAUCUGUCUAUUACCCCAACUGUGGCUUUCAGGGAUGUCCGAGCCUGAUCAGCCCUGAUGUUUCAUGCGACAACGAUACGAUCUCCCAAGGGCUCUUCUACGCCGGAACUUCACUUCCCAUGCGAAUCACAGCGAGCAAGAACCCAAACGAUCUCGCUAACUUGGCUCCUUCCAUCGGUCCCAGAUGUCUGGUCCACUACCGAUAUUGCACCGACAACUGCGACACUGAACUUGGGACGUCGAGCACAGGCGCUCUUCGAACCGGCCUGAUAUACGUGAGACCAUGGGGAGCCCCCUUGUAUGCGGGGGACGACGGGAAGUCGUACGUCAAUCUCAAGCUGUACGUCAGCCUGUACAUGUACUCAGCUAUGAGAGACAAGGGGCUGAACCCUCAAGGCCCCUUCACCUUCCCCUCAAUCUCGUUCAACUCCUACCCUCCUGCCACCCAACGAACGGCAGGACUGUCACGCGUGGGAGCAGUGACAGUAACGCAGGACUACUGCAUCCUCGAGGUGAACGUCUCCUUCGCCACCUUGCAGUCUGUGCGAGUGAGAGAAGGACCAGCCCUCAUCCUCAUCUACAAUGCAGACUACUCUCUUGUCACGUCUUCUUCUGGAUAUCCACUCGGGAGGGCGAUCGCGAAGUUCUACUUCUAUCGCUUGCCGAACGAAGCUGUCAUCAACCCUGGGGUUCUCUACAAUGGAAAAGGUUGUGUAGCUCCCGUCAUGGUUCAGAUGCCCUCAUAUGUCAACCUGAUGAGCUACUUCACCUUCGACUGUCUCUGGAAGGACGAGGGGAUCAGCAGCUAUCGCUCUACUUCCUUCAACCGCCUUGAGCUUCAGACCAUUCCUCGCUCUGUUCUCUGUGUGGUACCUGCAAAGACACUUUCUAUCGUUUCUCUCCGCAUCUCGCUCAACGGCCAGCAGUACCACACCCUCUCGAUGAACCUCACGCGUGUCGACCCAGACCCCAACUCAGUCCCAGGAGCAGGAGCUUUGCGCAUGUACAGCUUAAUUCCGAGAUCGGGCCCAGCAGCUGGAGGGACUCAGAUUACAGUGGCAGGGGAGUACUUCUACAACUACCGCAAAAACAACCUCCGAUGUCGCUUCCAGUUCACAUCUGGAGCAGGAGUUGACCGGGUGGAGGUGGCAGGAUAUUACAUCGACGACAAGAGACUUCAGCUGAUGUCACGCUGGCUGUGGAUGCAUCUCCCGUGUAUGAUGCUUCCUAUUGCUCCGCUGAGAUCAAUACCGCCAACCAAAACCUUUACAACUCAGUUCGAGUCCACCACAUUCGUCCCAAACGUCGCCUAUGAGCCUCCAACUGUCACGUGGCACAAGUGCUCUGCUGCGGGGCAGAACGUCUCCAAGACCACCACCUACCCCUCCCCCUACCAGACCAACCCGGUCGUCACUCCGGUCAUUGACUGCAGCCCCAUGCCCAACGCGCCCCCGAAGAUCGCCGAGCACGGCUGGUUCACGUGCAUCGAGGGGCUGAAUCCUAAAGGCGAGCAUGGCAUCAAAAACCCGAUAUGGUGCUUGCGAGCUGUUCCCUCCAACGGAGCCAAGAGUUAUGCCUUCUGGCUGUUUGACCCCUUCCUCAAUAUCCAUGGAUAUCUUCUCAGAGUUGUUCCCGACAUGUAUCCUGGCUUCUGCAAUCGCCAUCGUCUCUCCCUCACGUUGUCGGUUCGCAUCGUUUUCAACACCAUUAUCCGCCUCAACCCUCGUCCUGGUCAGACUCUCGAGUCCGAGUGGAUCAGAGCGCAAGCAGACGCCACGACCACUUUCUCCAGUAUCGCCAAUGUUCAAGGAGCAGUUGGAUACCUGCGAGCGACAGGAGACAGGGAAGUCUUUGUAGACUGGGAGCUCAUGACAGACCUUGAAUUCAAGGAGGUCAUGAUCGGCGACCCAGUCAACGGCAGAUACCUCAACAGUCAAGUGUUCCUCGGCACUCGCCUACUGAGAGUCCUGUGGAUGUCAACUUCAUGGGGUUAUGAAGAUCAAAACUUCGUGCGCUGGAACAUGCUGUUGGACUAUCGCAGAAUGGAUCAUAACAGUCCUUCAAUCGCUCCACAAGGCGCAAACGCGACCAAGGGAAAGCAGUGA